AUGGAGGUGCUGAAUCCCAACCUCUACACGAUUGAGCUGAGCCACGGGGACUUCAUGUGGAAAAUCAACCGGCGUUUCAAGCACUACCAAACUCUUCAUCAGGAGCUGCUCAAAUUCAAGGCACUUCUAAAGAUCCCUCUGCCAACCCGGAUCCACUCAGUGAAGAGGAGAUCCUUUAAAUGCCACAAGCAUUUCCAGGGAGGACACAUCCCGACAUUACCACAGAGACCAGAUGCCCGGGUCAAAGAGGAGCAGCUCAACAGCAGAAAAUUGCAGUUGGAGGUCUAUCUCAGAAACAUCCUGAAUAGAACCGUGUACAGGAUACACCCUGCUACGGUGAAGUUCUUAGAAGUCAGUCAAAUGUAUUUUAUCCGGGACCUGGGACCAAAAAGAAUUGAAGUUCUGAUCCUGAAGAAGUCAGGAGGAAACCCGUUCCCUGUGUGUUACUGGUGUGGCUCCAACAGUGUGUGUUACCGCUGGUCAACGAGAUGGCUGCUGGUGAAGGACUCUUUCGUCCUCUACAUGCGGCCAGGGGAUGGCUAAGUGUAGUCCCGUGUAAUUUUGUAUGACAAGGGCUUCCACAUCAAGAUAGGCACCCAGGACACAAGUGUUCGACAUGGAGUCACCAUCGAGAACCUCUUCAGGGCACUCACCAUCAAGUGCUCCACAUGCAGGCAAGCUCGCUGGUGGGGUCACUCCAUCGAUGAGUUUGCUCAGAAGUACGGGAAAGACUUCCUUCAGGAGAACCGGCAUGGAUCCUUUGCUCCAGUCAGAGAAAACACCAAAACACAAUGGUUUGUCAACGCAGUGGGCUACUUUGACAACAUCGCUGACGCCCUAGAAGGAGCAAAAGAGGAAAUCUUAAUCACAGCCUGGUGGUUGAGUCCUGAAAUCUUCUUAAAAAGGCCUGUGGUUGAUGGGAACACCUGGAGAUUGGAUUAUGUUCUGAAACGUAAAGCAGAGCAGGAGGUUAAUAUCUGUGUUCUCCUCUACAAGUAAGUGGAGGUUAUUCUGGGACUGAACAGCGAAUAUACCAAGAGAACCCUCAUGGGCCUCUACCCAAACAUAAGGGUGAUCCGGCACCCUGACCAUGUACCCUCUGCUGCCAUGUUGUGGGCGCACCACGAGAAGACUGUGGUGAUUGACCAAUUGCUGGCUUUCCUGGGAGGCAUUGACCUGGCCUACGGACACUGGGAUGACUCCCAGCACAGACUCACUGAUGUGGGCAGUGUGCGGAGUCCCCAGCCCAGCCCAGACCUGUCUCCCAACCCCACUAGGCAAUUGGCCACUAUUGCCAAGGAAGAGGAGGAGGAAGAGGAGAGGAAUUACAGCGAGGGGGAUAUCCUCGCUGACCUGAAGAGGAGACACAGUAGACAUGGUCCUUCAGAGGAUCGGGGGGGUGGGGGGGAUCCUGGGUAUGUCUACAGCACUGUCUCCCUCCCCAGUCGGCAGCCCCAGAGACCGAGUUACAGAGGCCUUGCCCAGAGAGAGACUUCUAUAGUUGCACAGCAAAGGGAUGUGGAUGCCAAUGCUGGCCACCCUAGUAUAGAACGCCAAGAGAAGGGCUAUGGAAAAGCCCCCUUCCCCAGCAGGGAGCCCCAGGGUGGGUCUUAUGAAAAGGAGUGUCUUGCCCCUCCUGUAGUAACAGUGGCAGGGGACGGUGACAGUAACGUUGCCUUUCAAAGGGAGACCUAUGAAAGCGCCCCCCACCGCAGUAUUGGAAAUCAGGUAGAGAGCAUUGGAAGAGAUGCCCAGCCCAGCAUGAGGCAGCAGAGGGGGUGCUAUGGCAGUCUUUGCCCUCGUACAGUGGCAGAGCUAGGGGAGGCCUAUGGAAGACAAACCCUGCCCAGUAUCAAUCUCCAAUACCACCACAGCUCCGACUCAGAUCGUGAAACAGAUUCAAAAAUGGAUUUCUAUCUCUGUAUCCCCUCCAUCUCAGAGAACUGCAGUAGCCGGGUCAACCUCAUCUUGAGUAUGCUGGCUCAUAGAGAAUGGCACAACAACAGUAUUUCACUGCGCUCCAGUGAGUCUCUACACUACUCCCUGCCCUUGCCCUAUGACUUUAUCGACAGUUACAAAACAACCCGAAUGCCGUGGCAUGAUAUUGGGGUGGCAGUGAAGGGCAGUGGCGCCCAAAAUAUCGCUAGGCAUUUCAUUCAGAGAUGGAAUUUUACAAAGUUGGUGAAGAAGCGCUCCGGAGCAACGUUUUACCCCUGUCUGAUGCCCAAGUCUCUCUCUGCCCCCAUGGAGCUGCCGCCACUCCUGGGGAAACAUACACAGGCUAAUGUACAGGUAUUGAGGUCGAUAGGCCAGUGGUCUAUUGGGACUAAAGUCCACGAGGAGUCAAUCCACCUGGCCUACAUCUCUGCCAUCCAGAACAGUGAAUAUUUCAUCUACAUAGAGAACCACUUUUUCAUCAUCUGUGCAGAUAGAACCAUUCACAACAGCAUAGGAGAUGCACUGAUAGAGAGGAUCCUGCGAGUGUACAGAGAGAAGAGGAAGAGAGUGUACAUAGUGAUGCCUCUGCUACCCGGCUUCGAAGGCGACAUCUCCUCAGGAGGGGGCCAAGCCAUCAAAGCCAUCAUGUACUUUAAUUACAGGACCAUGUGCCGGGGAGAUCAAUCCAUCAUCGAGAGACUGAAAUGUAUGAUGGAAGACUGCUGGAUCAACUACAUCUCGUUCUGUGGGCUGAGGACUCAUGCUGACCUGGACGGCAGACUAGUCACUGAGCUGAUCUAUGUCCACAGCAAACUGCUCAUAGUGGGCGAAAACACAAUAACGGCAGGCUCAGCCAACAUCAACGACAGGAGCAUGCUGGGUAAGCGCGACAGUGAGAUGGCGGUGGUAGUGGAGGACUCAGACAUGGUUACGGCCGUAAUGGAUGGAGAGAGCUACCAGGCCGGGAGGUUCGCCCUACAGCUGAGAGAAGAGUGUUUCAGGCUGGUCCUGGAGUUGCUAGGUGACACCAGUGUUGAUAUCAGCGAUCCAGUCAGUGACCACUUCUACAAGGAAGUGUGGAUGGUGACCACCGGCAGGGUGUUCAGUUGUGUGCCCACAGAUGCAGUGUUGAACUACAAAAUCCUGAGAGACUACAUGUCCCGCCCCUGCCUGGCCCAUGAAGACCCCUCAUUGGCCAGCGAGGAGCUCUGGAAGGUCCUGGUUCAGUUCCCAUUCUACUUCCUGUUUGAGGAGAACCUCUUCGCCUCCAUCAUUUCCAAGGAAGGCAUGAUGCCUAUCGAGCUCUGGACAUAGCAUCAUGGGAAAAUGAGUUUUUAGAUGUGCCAAUUCAUCCCAUUAGGAAUUCGAAG